AGAUCGAGGGUCCCAGCGGACGCGGGUGGCUUUCCUGAGGUUGCCGAGUGGUUAGUGCCUGCGGACCAGGCAAGGGCGUGAGAAGACGGGGCGGAUCUGUGUGCUCCUGCAGCCUGCCCGUGCCCAGGUCACCAUGGUCAUUGGAAGGAUGGUCACCCAGCCACUGACCAAGAAGACCCUGGGGUCAGUGGCGUUCAGGGAUGUGAUUGUGGACUUCACCCCGGAGGAGUGGCAGCAGCUGAAGCCUGCGCAGAAGGACCUGUACAGGGACGUGAUGAUGGAGACCUACUGGAACCUGGUCUCGCUGGACUUGGAGACUACACCUGACAUGAAAGAAUUGGACCCACAGGAGGACGAUUGGGAAGACAAACCAUCUGUUGUGGUUGUUGCAGAAGGACCCCUGAGGGAUGGUGUCCAGGGUUCUACAUGUGAAGGAGCAGGGACACAGGGUGACUGGACGGGGUGGCAACAGAGGAACCCAGGGACCUGCCUGGGGCAUUUGGACAUAUCCCAAGUGUUAGCCCCUGAAUAUUGUGAAUUUAAGGCAUUCAUCCACCAAAGUCCCAUGUGGGCCCCAACAGUAUCAGAGAGACGGAGAGGAACGGAGAUGCACCUGUUUACCAUGUGUGGGAAGGACUCAGGUACUUCAACACCCAUUUCUCUGUCCAACCUCAGUGCAGAGAAGAAGCCAUACAAGUGUGGGGAAUGUGGCAAGGCCUUCAGCUAUAACUCCUCCCUGAGGAUGCAUCAGCGAAUCCACACUGGGGAGAAGCUCUUCUCAUGCCAUACGUGUGGAAAGCAGUUUACUCAGCAGUCAUCCCUCACUAUCCACCAGCGCGUGCACACGGGGGAGAAACCAUAUGUGUGUGGGGACUGUGGCAAGGCCUUCAUGCUGAAGGUGAGCAUCAUCCAGCACCAGAGAACGCACACUGGGGAGAAGCCAUACGUGUGUGGUGACUGCGGCAAGGCCUUCAGGCUGAAGGCUCACAUCAUCUUACAUCAAAGGACGCACACCGGAGAGAAACCGUUCAUGUGCGGGGACUGUGGCAAGGCCUUCAGACAGAAAGGGAACCUCAAAGAGCACCAGAGGAUGCACAAUGGGGAGAAGGCCUAUGUGUGUGGGGACUGCGGCAAGGCCUUCAGCCAGAAGACAAACAUCAUCCGGCACCAGAGAACGCACACGGGGGAGAAGCCAUAUGUGUGUGGGGCCUGCGGCAAGGCCUUCAGCCGGAAGGAGACCCUCAGCGAACACGAGAGGACACACAAUGGGGAGAAGCUGUAUACGUGUGAGUACUGUGGUAAGACCUUCAUCCAGAAAGGGCACCUCAUCCGGCACCAGAGGAUGCACACUGGCGAGAAGCCAUUCACAUGUGGCAACUGCGGCAAGGCCUUCAGACAGAAGGGGAGCUUCAAGGAGCACCAGAGGAUGCACACUGGGGAGAAGCCAUAUGUGUGUGGAGACUGUGGGAAGGCCUUCAGCCAGAACGAGUACCUCACCCUACACCAGAGGACACAUACUGGGGAGAAGCCAUAUGCUUGCGGUCAGUGCAGCAAAGCCUUCAGGCAAUACUCCUCCCUCAGGACACACCGGCGCGUGCACACUGGAGAGAAGCCCUACAGGUGCAGUCAGUGUGGCAAAGCCUUUAGCCAAAACUCAUCGCUGAGGACACAUCAACGCGUGCACACUGGAGAGAAGCCCUAUAAGUGCAGCCAGUGCGACAAGGCCUUCAGCAAGAACUGUUCUCUCAGGAAACACAGGCAUGUGCACACCGGGGACUAGCCCUACCAGUGCUCUGUCUGCCAGAAGUGCUUCAUAACACGCUUGUCCCUGCAGGGGAACGUGACCAACCACCCCAUGGAGAAGCUUUAUAAGUAUGGCCAGUAUAGCAAAGCCUUACAGGAACUUCCUCCUUCCUGUCCACCAGAGGAUCCACGUGGAAGAGAAGCCUUACGAGUGUGGCAAGUGUGGGAAAACCUUCAGCGGGAACUUAAACCUCACCAGUCACAUAGUAGGAAGCUGGGGAUCUCAGAGUCCAAACUCGACAGGCAGGUCAUGAGCCCAUGGGCAGUGCCAGACUUGAUAUUGGAGCCCAUCGAUAGGGUGCAAGAGAAGUUCUGCGGAGAGUGGUAUUAGGAAUGUGGGUGCCGGGGACAGGCCACAACAUGCUCACUGUUCGUAUCCUCAGUGCCAUGCGGAAAGGAAGCCCACCAACAGGUCUAGAAUCUGGGAUUGUGUCCAGAGGUGCUCUGGCUCCUGACUGAGCUGGAAUAAGCUGACAUAUCACUUUGGACAACACAUUUAGAGUCUCUGGGUCUCCAUCUCCUGCAUAGUCAAGUGGAGGAGGGGGAGGAGAAAGGAAAAAGGGAGAGGCCGGCUCCAUGGAACAUUGUCACUUUGUCACUCAUGCCUGGAUCUAGUCCAGAGAUCAGGUUGUCGCCAUUUGUGUGUUUCUUCAUUUUCCCCACACACAACCUCUAGUUCCCCUGCAACACCAGCUGGAAGGUCCCACGCUUGUAAGCUGUAGAAGUUACCAGGUGGUUCACAAGGAGGAAAAAU